AUGCUACAGAAAGACCCCACACGCAGACCCACACCAACACACCUACUCAGGGAUCCCUUUCUUCAGGCCUUCGUACACAGACACACACAACCACCACCCCUGCCCAUACACCAACAACAACAUAUGCAUGUGCUGCAGCAGCAGCAACUGCAGCAGCAGCAGCAGCAGCAGAUAAGGCCGCCUCAACAGAACAUGCAACAAAUACACCACAGACAGCAGCAAGGAGACAGUCCGUAUGAACAGCAGCCUGAAGACUUCUUCGCUGCAGACGAGAUUCUAGACGGAGACAGGCAGCAGCAACAGCAGCAGCAGCAGCAGCAGCAGCAGCAGCAGCAGCAGAGUUCAAAUAUGAGAAGAGGCACACGCGCUCCUUCUUUUGCUGUCUUCACGGAUGAGUAUCUCCACAUCAUCCUCGGCAGAAUUGCAGAAAAGUCCGCAGACACCUCAGCCACUGCUGCUGCUGCUGCACUUCUAGACGGAGACAGGCAGCAGCAACAGCAGCAGCAGCAGCAGCAGCAGCAGCAGCAGAGUUCAAAUAUGAGAAGAGGCACACGAGCUCCUUCUUUUGCUGUCUUCACUGAUGAGUACCUCCACAUCAUCCUCGGCAGAAUUGCAGAAAAGUCCGCAGACACCUCAGCCACUGCUGCUGCUGCUGCUGCUGCUGCUGCUGCUGCUGCUGCUGCUGCUGCUGCUGUUGCUGUUGCUGUUGCUGCUGCUCUGACGCUGACGUGGCUGGAGGCCUUCGUAGACUUGGCUGGAGUCGACGUCUCCCAGGUGGAGGAAGAGCAGUGUGACGAGCACGCAUGCGCUGCUGCUGCUGCUGCUGCUGCUUCUGCCGCUGCUGCUGCUGCUGCAUGUGUUGCUGCUGGCAACAGCAACCUGCACCAACAGCAGGGCACACCAGCUGGUGGAGAGGCAGAAGAAGAAGCCAAGCUACUCGAGAGAAAGCUGACGCUGACGUGGCUGGAGGCCUUCGUAGAUUUGGCUGGAGUCGACGUCUCCCAGGUGGAGGUCGGCAUCGCGCUGCAGCAGCUGCAGACGCAGUGUCUGUCUCCGGUGCUGACAGCAGGGUUCUUCUUCAGUCAGCUGAUGCUGGAGCGACACGCAGCCUACGAAGACGCUCUCCAGUGGGCCGUUCAGGUUGUGGACUCCGCGACCUCCCCUGGCCAGCGACAGCAGCAGCAGCAGCAGCAGCAGCAGCGGCAGCAGCAGCAGCAGCAGCAGCAGCAGCAGGGAGGAAGUGUUGAAGGCGACCCCCAGACGCUAGCUGGGAGAGCGGCUCUUGAGGAGGCCUUUGCUCUCUUCGGCAGCGCAAAUGCCCAGGCUAUCAGCAGGCAACACUUUCGCACAGUGCUGCACGUGUGCGUGCCUGGGCUUUCUUCUUUGCUGCUGGAUAAGGCCUACCAGCUGGCUCCGAAGGAUAAGGGGGGGAACGUGAGGCUGACCGCAGGGUUCUUCUUCAGUCAGCUGAUGCUGGAGCGACACGCAGCCUACGAAGACGCUCUCCAGUGGGCCGUUCAGGUUGUGGACUCCGCGACCUCCCCUGGCCAGCGACAGCAGCAGCAGCAGCAGCAGCAGCAGCAGCAGCAGCAGCAGGGAGGAAGUGUUGAAGGCGACCCCCAGACGCUAGGUGGGAGAGCGGCUCUUGAGGAGGCCUUUGCUCUCUUCGGCAGCGCAAAUGCCCAGGCUAUCAGCAGGCCACACUUUCGCACAGUGCUGCACGUGUGCGUGCCUGGGCUUUCUUCUUUGCUGCUGGAUAAGGCCUACCAGCUGGCUCCGAAGGAUAAGGGGGGGAACGUUAGGUUUAGUUUGUGGCUGAAGCGGUUAGACCUCGAAAGGCAGCCGCGAGACACUGCAGCAGCAGAAGCAGCAACAGCUGCAGCAGCAGACGAAGCAGCAGCUGCAUCACUCACUUCUGCUGCUGUUUCCGCUGCUGCUGCUGCUGACAAGCAUUCGUCUGCCGCUCAAUACGAGCAGACUGCUGCUGCUGCUGCUGUCGCUGCUGCUGCUCCUGCUGCUGCUGCUACUGCUACUGCUGCGGGUGACCAGCUAAGCAUGGCAGCUACCGCAGCAGCAGCACCAGCAGCAGCAUCAGGAACAGCUGCAGCAGCAGCACAGCAGCACAACGAGCCAACCCUGGGGGUCUCGUCGAACUCUAUGGAUAUAUUGAUGGGUCGUGACCUGACGCACGUGCUGCAGCAGCAGCAGCAGCAGCAGCGCGAGCAGCAGCAACUCCAGCAGCAACAGCGCCAACACCACGAACAGCGACCGCAGCAGCAGCACCAGCAACAGCAGCAGCAGCAGCCCCCUGGGGAGCAGCAGCAGCAGUAUAACCCGGCGGAGGAAAGGAAGCAGCUGCACCACCAGCAGCAACACGACAAGGUGGAGAAGCAGCCCCAGGUGCCGCAGCAGCAGCAGCAGCAGCAGCAAGUGCAGCAGCUGCAGCAGGAGCGGGGAUUGAAAGAACAGCAGCACAAACAUGGCGCAGCAGCAGCAGAGAGAGCAGCAGCAGAAGCAGCAACAGCAGCAGCAGCAGCAGCAGAAGCAGCAGUAUCAACAGCAACAGCAGCGCCAGGUACAGCGGCGGAAGCAAUGGCAGCAGCAGCUGUGGCGUUAGCCUGGGGUCUGCAUGGCUUGAGGACAAGUCUUUUCUCCUCCACAAGAACAACCAAUGCAGCAGCAGCAGCAGCAGCAGCAGCAGCAGCAGCAGCAGCAGCCCCCUCGAACUCUAUGGAUAUAUUGAUGGGUCAUGACCUGACGCACGUGCUGCAGCAACAGCAGCAGCAGCGCGAGCAGCAGCAACUCCAGCAGCAACAGCGCCAACACCACGAACAGCGACCGCAGCAGCAGCAACAGCAACAGCAGCAGCAGCAGCCCCCUGGGGAGCAGCAGCAGCAGUAUAAACCGGCGGAGGAAAGGAAGCAGCUGCGCCACCAGCAGCAACACGACAAGGUGGAGAAGCAGUCCCAGGUGCCGCAGCAGCAGCAGCAGCAGCAGCAGCAGCAAGUGCAGCAGCAGCAGCAGGAGGGGGGAUUGAAAGAACAGCAGCGCAAACAUGGCGGUCAUCUUAACCCCAUUGGGACCCUACAGCUACUGCAUCCUGUCUCGCCUUGCAGCAGCAGCAGCAGAGAGAGCAGCAAAAGAAGCAGCAACAGCAGCAGCAGCAGCAGCAGAAGCAGCAGUAUCAACAGCAACAGCAGCGCCAGGUACAGCGGCGGAAGCAACGGCAGCAGCAGCUGUGGCCUUAGCCUGGGGUCUGCAUGGCUUGAGGACAAGUCCGCGUUUCUCCUCCACAAGAACAACCAAUGCAGCAGCAGCAGCAGCAGCAGCAGCAGCAGCAGCAGCAGCAGGCAGCAGCAAGGGGGAGCAGGGCCUUUGGCGGCUUCACUCUGUUCUCUUUCGUCUCCUCAGCUCAGCAGCUCAACGGAGACACUCAGCAGCAGCUGUCUCUCUUCGCGUCCUUCUCUGUCUCUCUCUGCGCAUCGCCCUUUGCAGCCUGGCAGCAGCAGCAGCAGCAGCAGCAGCAGCAGCAACAGCAGCAGCAACAACGACAACAGCAGCAGCAGCAGGUCAUCACAAAGCGGCAUGCUGCCACAAGCCACGACGCCUUCGCUGCAGCAGCCGCAGCAGCAGCAGGAACACCAGCAGCAGCAUCAGCAGCAGCACCAGCUGCAACCUCAGCACCCGCUGCUGCCUCAGCAGCAUACACCUGAGCGUGACCGUACGCAGUGCCCAACUCCUGCUGCGGUAGCGACUGCUGCUGCUGCUGCUGCUGCUGCUGCACCAGCUGCUGCUGCUGAACCAGCAGCUGCUGCUGCUGCAGCUGAUGCUUUGUGCAGCUCGGUCCUUCUACAUCUUCCUCCUGAUUCUCCUCCGUUAGGUGCAGCUCCUGUUGCUGCUUCUGUCGCUGCUGCUGCUCCUGUUGUUGCUGCUGUUCCUGCUGCUGCUCCUGUUGCUGCUGCUGCUGCUGUUCCUCUUGCUACUGCUGCUGCUCCUUGCUGCUGUCCACAAAUGUCGAAGCAGGGAAUGACAACCGUCACAGCAGCCCCCGGGGUCCGAAGCAGCAGUGACGUGCAGCAGCAGCAGCAGCAACAGCAGCAGCAGCAGCAGCAGCAGCAGCAGCAACUGCUGCUCCAGACCCCAGGUCCUCAAACACCUGCGGUAUUUGCAGAACAUUGGGGAAAGGGCACAGCAGCACAAGAGGCAGCAGGUGCUCUCCCUUCUGCUGCUGCUGCUACUGCUGCUGCUGGUGUUCCUUCUAGUACAGCUACAGCUACUGCUGCUGCUACUGCUGCUGCUGCUGCUGCUGCUGCUGCUGCUGAGGCUGUUUCACCCUUACGGGCUGUCGAUACACCUCAAGAGGUGCGGCUCCGUCUUAGCGGUGGUGCAGCUGCUGCAGCACCUGGUGCUGCCUGUGCCGCUGCUGCUGCUGCUCCCGCUGCUGCUGCUGCUGCUGCUCCUGCUGCUGUUGUUUCCCCUCAUGUCUGUGAGACAGCGGAUUGGUUCGUGGAUGGCUCACAAACUCCCCAGCAGCAGCAGCAGCAGCAGCAGCAGCAGCAGCCACUGCAGCAGCAAAUGCAGCGGCAGCAGCAGCAGAUACAGACACAGCAGCACUUAGACGGCUGGCUGCAGCGAACCCCCGGCGGCAGCUGCUGCGUUCCCCAACACCGUAUCAACAGCAGCAGCAGCAGCAGCCGCAGCAGCAGCAGAUGCAGUAGCAGCAGAAGCAGCACAACCAGCUGCUGCAGCAGGAGAACCACCAGCAGCGACAAGAGGAGCUGCACGGCAACGCGGAGACAGAGAAGAAGCAGCUGCAUGCAGAUGUCUCUCCUGAAAGCAGAUGCGCAGCACUUGGGCCUCCUAGGCCCCGAGCACCAGCAGCAGCAGCAGCAGCAGCAGCAGCAGCAGCUGCUGCUGCUGCAGCGACUGCAGCAGCACCAAGAGCAACAGCCAGAACUGACACAGGCGCAGGUUGAGCAAACGAAACAAAUAAAGCAGGUGCAGCAGAUGCAACAGCAGCAGCAGCAGCAGCAGCAACAGCAGAUGCAGCAGCAGCAGAUGCAGCAGCAUCUGGAGCAGCAGCUGCAUAGCCAGCACCAGCUGCAGCAGCUGACUUGCCCGCACCUAGAGCAGCAGAGGCAGAACGCAUGCACCACUCCUCUUGCUGCUGCUGCUCCCUUGGGCGCCCGCUGCUGCAGCAGCAGCAGCAUUCAUCCUUGCUGCUGCAGCAGGAAGCCAGCUGCUGGUGGCUGCGGUCAGGAGGCCUCCGCUGCUGCGUCGCAGCACAACCUGUCGCUGCAGCAGCAGCAGCAGCUACAGCAGCAGCUGCAACAGGAAGCGAAGCAGCAGUUGCAGCAGAAGGUGCAGCAAGAGGCGCAGCAGCAGCAGCCGCUGCAGCAGGCAACACUGCAGACACAACAGCAUUUCUAUGGAGACGCCUCCAUCUACUCGCAGCCGCGCUGCCCAUGGCUACCCCUCAGACCUCAGCAGCAGCACGGGAAGCAGCAGCAGCAGCAGCAGCAGCAGCAGCAGCAACAGCAGCAGCAGCAGCAACAGCAGCAGCAGCAGCAACAGCAGCAGCAGUUCCCACUCCUGCAGCAAGGGCUGCUGUUGCAGCAGCUGAAGCACCCGUCGCACGCGCCGGUAUUUGGAGCCGAUAUAACUGAAAGGACCCCAGCAUCUUUUGCUGCUGCUGCUGCUGCUGCUGCUGUCUGCUCAUCGCCCUUUGCAGCCUGGCAGCAGCAGCAGCAGCAGCAGCAGCAACAGCAGCAGCAACAACGACAACAGCAGCAGCAGCAGGUCCUCACAAAGCGGCAUGCUGCCACAAGCCACGACGCCUUCGCUGCAGCAGCAGCAGCAGCAGCAGGAACACCAGCAGCAGCAUCAGCAGCAGCAACAGCUGCAACGUCAGCACCCGCUGCUGCCUCAGCAGCAUACACCUGA